UCGCGCGCCAUACCAUUCCGUGCUCGCACACGCGACGCUCGUCUCUCGCCGCUGCGGCCCGCGUUCCGAUUCUAUCCGAUUCCCGUGUUUCCGACGCGAGUGUGUGACCUAAGCACGUGCCUACCGUGGCGUGUUACUUGUAUCCAGCUUUGGUAAAACCGCCAAGAUUCGGGUAAAGAACCGAGAGCCGGUGCCGGCGUACGCCAUGGCCGACGCCGACCGAGAUUCGGAUCUUGGCGAUGACAGUCCAGUGAUCGCUGGACUAACGAUGAAACAGAGAAACGGAUUCGCAAUAAACUCAGCCAGAUCUGAAGGAGAAUCUUCAGGGGAGCAAUCCUGCGAGAGUUCAGAUGAGGGGGUAGGCAGGGAUGCACCAGGCUCCCUCCCUCACCAGCCCCAUCAGCCAAUGCAGUCUCACCAGGGCCUGCAGUCCCACCAGUCACUGCAGCACCAGAACAUGACACAUCAGCCCUCACACAACAUGAGCCACCACGGCUCGGUGCAGCAUCAACCGCUGAACAGCCAUCAGAUGUCCCACCAGCAUCAGAGAAACUCGCCCAGACCUCUCGAGAGGGAACUCAAAGUACGCGACGACUUUGAAUCACUGAAGUCGUCUUUACAUCCACACUUGUCUUCACUGGCUUCACUAGCCCAGGGGACUCCUCUGUCGACCCCUAGCAGUGUGUUUGCACUGGCCGGUGCAGGGGCCACUGGGGGCUUCCCAUAUGCACCGCCAGCAUUCCUGGCACCGGCUCCACCGCCGCCAGCCCAGCCUGCUGGCUCAGCCUCGUCCUCCUCGUCAGAAGGCAGCGCUGCCGGCUGGAGCUUCGAGGAACAGUAUAAGCAGGUCCGUCAGUUGUAUGAGAUCAGCGAUGAUCCACAAAGGAAGGAAUUCCUGGAUGACCUCUUCUCCUUCAUGCAAAAGCGAGGAACACCCAUUAACAGACUGCCGAUAAUGGCUAAAUCAGUGUUGGAUCUGUACGAGCUGUACAACCUGGUGAUAGCCCGCGGCGGGCUGGUGGAGGUGAUCAACAAGAAGCUGUGGCAGGAGAUCAUCAAGGGACUCCGGCUACCGUCCUCCAUCACAUCCGCUGCGUUCACUUUACGCACACAAUACAUGAAAUAUUUGUAUGAUUACGAGUGUGAGAAGAAGAACUUGUCCACAAGGAGUGAGCUGGAUGCCGCCAUUGAAGGCAACAAGCGGGAAGGGCGCCGAGCCUCAGGACAGUACGAUGCUCAGGCAGCCUUAGCCAUGCCCCCCCUAAACCGCGUGCCCGCGUCUCUGGCGCAGCUGUCGCAGCACAUGCAGCCGCUGUCGCUGUCGCUGGGCGGCGUGGCGCCGCGUCUGCCGCCGUUGCCGCCGCACGCGCCGCAUCUCGGACAACACGACAUCGAAUAUAGAGUGCGCGAGUACAUGAAGAUGAUUCAACAGCAAAGAGAGCUCAUGCGAAAUGCCUUCUCUCAUUUUGCAGGCUCAGAAUCCCCCCCCAGCAACGGCCCAGCCCCGAUCAUGUCGCCUCGCGACGCGGCUGCCCUCAGUGCCAUCGACGUGUCUCGCCUCACUCUCUGGUCGUUGUACAACAACAACAACAACAACAGCCCACAGCCAGACCUCGAACCGCAACGUAUGGGUUACAGCGAGGCUCUGAACUUGAGCGAGAGCCCGAACUCCAUGACGAGCGGGGGCAAGCGCGAGGCGUGCCGGUCGCCCGCGCCGCCCGCCAAGCGGCGCACGCCGCGGCCGGCCUCGCGCCCCGCCUCGCCGCGCAGCGACCUGCACUCGCCGCCCGCGCACCGCCACGCGCACGCGCGCCGCGACGACUCCUCGGCCUCGCCGCCACAGAUGAACGGCGUGCCCACUACCAAUGGCGUCAAUGGAGCCGCUUUCAAAAUCACUACCAGAGGUGACGCAAACACAGGAGACCACCAGCUCGUGGUGUCGAUAGAGCUGAACGGAGUAACGUACGAAGGCGUCCUGUUCCCCUCAGGGAACGGGCAGAAUGGACACAGACAAAUGGUGUCUUAAACACAUUACACACAAACACAUAUUAUUAUAGGCUUAAAAACUAUGCGGUUUCAAACUUCGAGUAUUUUAAAUUAGCGAGGAAGCGAGUUAUUUGGUUCCGAAGAAAAUUGGAUAAUUUUAGUAAAUUUUUUCUUAAUCUCUUGAUAAGACUUUUUACUUCUGGAUGUUUCCAUUGUAUGCAGAAUGUUGACGAAUUGCCCAUAUUUUGAAGGUGGCUCGAGUUGGGAAGUUACGGCCAGUUACAAAAAGAUAAUUUAGCUACAACACCUUGCUAUAAAUUGUGUACAAUGAAGGUCUAUGUCCAUUUCUCCCAGCUCUCCCCUUCAGAGCAUAGGCAAAGCAUUUCGUCAUCAGACUAUGUAGCCUAGUUGAGUUCAUAUACUAUGAAUACCAAUAUAAAAUUGAACUUACUUACAUACAUAAACAAGUAUGUAUGUUGUAAAUAUGUUUGCGUGCAUUAUUUGCAAUAGUUGUGUAACACCAUUCGUCUAGUGUGAACUUAACAGUGACGUUUAAAAAAAACUAGGGGAAAAUAAGGUAAUAAGAGCCUAGGGAAAAUUUUUGACUAAAAUCACAUUUGACAUUCUUAUAAUUUUUAAUUAGGAAGUCAUACUUAAGUAUGGUGUAGUCUUGUAUAAGGAUACAGCUACAAUUUUAGAAGGAUUCUUCUCAUUACCUUAAACGAGAGUAAUGAGAAAACAACUUGACGUUGAAAAUAACAACUAAUCACAACUGACAUCUAAACAAUCGAUUAAAUUAUUAUAAGAAAACAAUAAAUUCAAUUUUUUUACGGUGCCAAACAAGUCACAUUAAAAAACAUCUGGUCUAACACCACCAGAACUUUUAGCGUCCAAUUCUAAUUUAAAAUAAAAUUUUACCAAUUGAAUUGAGUAAAGAAAUGUUUCAAAAUAAAUAAUUAUAAUUAAAGUAUCACACAGUGAUAAUCUACAGUUUGAUAUUAAUAACUUAAGUUAAGAUUAGUGCUUAGAGAGACGGUGACAAGAAUGGAUAAGGUAAGAAAUGGAUCUUUGUUAGACGAAGCAUGAAAGUAGCUACGGCUGAGGAAGCUGGAAGGUAAUUGUGAAAGAAUGCAAAGGAAAGAUGACUACCAAAGAAAAAAACAGAGUAAUUCUGUUAUUUAAUGUUAUGACAGAAGAAUUAUGUGUCAGAAGGAUGCCUGAUAGCAAAAGGGAGCGUCCAAUAACCACGAAAAUAGAUUAAUAAGGCCGCUCACUAGCGCCAUCUAUACAUCUCACCUUGUAAACAAAACCAUUUCAUCAUGUUCACAUUUAACAGUCACUUUAUAUUGAUUCUGUAUAGCUUGAUACACAUCAAGCUACGUAAAACCAAUAUAAACUUAACUUUAGUUUGACACACCGAGUCGUGUGUACCAUCAGGGAUUGAAAUGAUUUAAGUCACAACGUGACGUGAUUAAUGGACGACUUCUAUGAGAGAAUGGAAGAGAAUAUAAAUUGCCCACCUUCAUCUAUCCUUUGCCUUAUCCUAACUUGUCGUCCUCUAAGUUUAGUAUCAUAGUGUCCGAACUGCUGAUUUCAAUAACCGAUCUUAAACCAAAAUUCCUAAAAAAAAAAACAUAAUCUUCCAUACAGCUAAUAUCAAAAAUCAAUCUUAAUCAGUACCCUUAGUACGAGUUUGCUUUACGUUUAGAGUAACCGAAACGAGAGCGCGUUCGGCGCUCUGAUUGGCCGGCGUGAAUGAAUCAACCAAUCAGAGCGCCGAACGCCCUCUCGUUUCGAUUACUUUAAACGUAAAGCAAACUCAUACUAAGGGUACCGGUAAUUUUGAAUUGAGAUCGGUUAUUGAUAUCGGCUGUAAAUAGUUUACUUGACGUCUUAAAUAAUUCGACUUUAAAAUAAAAUGACUAAGGACAUUUCUUUAUUUACUCUUCUUUUUUUUAUUGAUUUAUAUGUACACAUUUAUACAAUCGAAAGUUUACUCUGGCUCUGAUUUCCCCAUGUUCCCCUAAGCUGACUGCUUUUUUGAAAUACUCAGUAAAUUGAAAUCGCAAGUUUUGAAAGUACCUAUUGUUUUAAAAAUUUACUCAGUUUGUUCGAAAUAAGUACAAAAUAUUCACUAAACAUCCACAUCUAGUAAAGAUAUUAUUAUUGUGCAAGAUUAAUUAUUAUUAAUGGUGAUUAAGUUUAUUUUUAUUUUUUAUUCUUUGACACUUCGAAGUAUUUAAUGAUAAUAAUUUUUAUAGUUCUCAAAAAUUUUACACUGCCUAUGGAUAACAUGAAAUUGUUUGUAAAUAAGUAUAGCAAACAAGAAAUACUGAAAAGAAAUAAUUUCAUUGUAUUCUUUAAUGGAUGUUUUGUAUGAUAAUUUUAAUAAUAUUUUUUUUAUGAUGUCGUAAAGCGAUGAAAGAUAUGACACUUUGUGUAAAUAUAGUUUUUAAUUUUUAUGUUAUUUAUAAUUUGUCGAAAGUGUGAUGGGUAGAUGUUGUGGCGCGUCUGAUUUGUUUUGCGUUGACACGAAACAUGUUUAGGUUACGUUACGUAGCUGCAGUGAAUUAAAAGUAAGUACUAAAAAAAAUAUUAACACCAUUUUCACCUAUGAAUCAAAUGGCAUUUUAACGCUUGUGUAUCGAGAGAACCGUACCCUUAGUACGAGUUUGUUUUACGUUAAACGAAAAAGAAAUGAAAGCGUGUUCGGCGCUCUGAUUGGCCGGGGCGAAUGAAACAACGUAUUAGAGCGCCGAACGCGCUGUCGUUUCGAUCUCGUUAAACGUAAUGCAAACUCGUACUAAGGGUACAGAAACCUCAAUAUUGGCCAGACUGACUUGAUUUUUCUGCUCUCUCGGUAGACAAGCGUAUAAAAGCCAUUUAGCUCAUACUAGAAUUCAUUGCAAUUUGCAAUUUAUGCAAUUUGUUUCUCUAUUCCUGCAGACAGAAGAUUGAAAUUAGCUCAUUUUUGUAUGUUAUAGCACAUUUUUUAAAGUGAUAAUUAAAUUGUGGAUGAUAUGUUUUGUUUGUGUUAGUGAGCUGCAACAAAUGAGUGAGUUACAGAUCUUCUGUACUUGACGUUAUCCUAAAUAAUUUUUCGCAUUGUAUAUUAUUGUAAAUAGUGAUAAACUUGUGUGGUAGAUGAACCGUUUGUACACCGUUGUCGUAUGUUUGUGAUUCAUUUAAAAAAAGGUGUAAAUUUUAAUUUUUUCUAUGAAGAUUUCAGUAUUCUACUUAGUUUGUAGGUAUUUAUAAAUCGUGGAUAGGAACUUUGUGUUUGUAUGGGAAAGUCGAAUGAUUAUGUUCUAUUGAAGAGACAGAAUUUGUUUUAAAAGUAUUCUGAUGAAGUCCAUCUUACAUUGUGUUAUGAUUGAUAACUGUAAGAGAAAGGACUGCGUCGUAAAUGCCAAAAGCCAGUUUAUCCAUGCAUAUCAAAAUUAAAAGCACAUCGCAUUCGAUUUUUAAAAGUAGACGUUUAUGAAUGUCUAUGAUACGCGGUUUUUUUACUUUUUUAAUUGAUUUCAAUAGUCUCAAACACAGUUGUUGUUUAUCAUUGAAUAAAUUGUUUCUGAAAAUUCUCAUCAAUAUGAGUCUGGAAAAUUCAGACCAUAAGGUUGACAUUUUUUUUAUAAGGAACUGGACAAAAGCUUUUUGAGACAACUCCAAUCCGUUCACGAGUAGUUGGUUUAGCAUCACAACAUGCCAUUAUCUUAGAAUACCUAAUUAAGAAUAAAAUAAGCGUUUUCAAUAAAACACACUAAAUAAUGAGAUCAUAGUUACGAACUUUUCAUUAAAUUUAGUCACGGAUCUAAGGCAGCUUGCAAUAUUAACUUAUUUGCAAUAAUAAUAAGUUUUUCUAAAUUAUAAUCAUAGAAUAUUGUGCAAUCAAGCAACAGUGCAAUCUGUGAUCUGGUAAAUUUGGAUUGGGUAUUGUAAUCACAGAAAGAAAAAUACUCCCUUUAUACAUGAAGAGACUUCAUGAGGGCUAUUAAAUCUAAUUCACCUUUUAAUAAGAAAGGUACCCCAUUCCAACGUUACUCGAAGACAGAAAAAAAUCAUUACAUUAGAAUCAUUGUCUAUUGUUCUUAGCCAUGAUGUAAAAAAAAGGUUGAAAAAAAAAAUCUUUUUCUUUCUGUAAAUGACUGAUUUUAAAGUUGUAUAACUUUAAUUAAUUUAAUGUAUUUAAUUUUUAAUUAAAUAUUAAUGUGUAAAAUUCAAUUUAGAAUUAGAAGUUGAGUUAUUGGAGCUGAAUAGUAGUGUUAAUGUUAGUAGGUACAUUCCUGAAGAUGUACAAUACAUGUUAAGAUCUAUAUAUAUACUGGCCUAUAUAUACAAGUAGCUGGGCCAGGAGAUUGCGCGAUAGCGAAUUUCUUAUUACACCAAAAAUUUUUGAUGUAUUCAAUAAUUAUACACGAUUAAAUAAUUAUGUAAUAUAAUAUAAA